AUGUCCGCCCGAAGAACUCAACGAUCUUUUUCCUCAACACGACGUAGUACAAGUGCAGACGCUUCAGAUUACGCAUCCCCUCCAACUCAUUCCUCUAAUAGUAAUAGUAAUAAUAAUAAUAAUAAUACCCCUCUUUCUUCUUUCUCACCACAACAACCACUACUACCAUCAUCCUCUACAAUUCCUCGCGCUCACUCUCCACAACGUAGAGCUCCAGGGUCUGCCCCUGCAUCUCUUCCACCUGUCCCCUCUUCUUCUAUAUAUAAAGAUCCAUCAUUAAACAUGCCCUUAUCUUCUUCUUCUUCUUCUUCUUCUUCUUCUUCAUCUUCUACUUCUUCUACAAAUGUAUCCUCAUCAACCCCCCCAGACGAGCUCCCAGCUCUCGGUGGACCUGGGUUCGGUCUCUGGCGUGCCAUUGCAGGUGAACUCCAAAAAUUGGCAAGUGCAGCCACUGAACGUGCUGCAAAAAAUAUAGCUGUCGAUGAAAGCCCGCUGGCUGGGCUACUAGCUGUUUACGAUGUAGCAGGUGCUCGUGUUCUAGACGACUAUCUUGCACAAACUCUUCGUGAGCGUAAAUCAGCAACAGCAACAAAAACAGUCACCUCAGCAGGAGUAGGAGUAGGAGCAGGAGCAGGAGCAGGAGCAGGAGCAGGAGCAGGAGCAGGAGCAGGAGCAGGAGCAGGAGCAGGAGCAGGAGCAGGAGCAGGAGCAGGAGCAGGAGCAGGAGCAGGAGCAGGAGCAGGAGCAGGAGCAGGAGCAGGAGCAGGAGCAGGAGCAGGAGCAGGAGCAGGAGCAGGAGCAACAGGUACUGCAAACCGCAAUGCAGGUGUAAGACGCACCAAGCGCGGAAUUAAAAAACGCGUGGUAGUGCCAGAUGACGAAGAUGACGAGAAUGGUACAAAGGAUGAUUUGGACAAUGAUGACGGUGGACUUACAGCUGCUGAAGAUGCGUCUUCGUCGAACGAUGGUGAUGAGAUUGUUAAUGGAGACGAUGAAGAGGAAGCUAUUUUAAAAGCUACCCAAACAGAGGCUGGAGCACUUGGACGGGCAUACCGUGAAGCUCGUGCAGCUGUAGCUGCAGAGAAAAAAACAAUAGAAGAAGUUUUAGAGUCUCUCCAAAGACUGGUCCCGGACUCUGCAGUGGCGGCCAUGCGACCUGGGGCUACAGCAGCACGACUACGACGGGUAGCACGUACUGGUCCAUCAGGAUUAGUAGGAUCAACAUCAACUACAACUACAACUACAACUACAACAGUAGCGUUAACAGCAACAGCAGCAGCAACAGCAGGUUCAACUUCUGGUGAAGUUAUGAGUACUGAUGGUGGGUCGAAGAAGAAAAAGGAUGAAGAUGAAGUUAUGACAGGAACCACUGGGUCUUCCAGUGCUAAUAUUCAAAGCACAGGUACUGGGACAACUCCAGGAACAACGACGCGUAAACGACGCGCGACUGAAGAUAGCUUUGAGAGUGGAGCAGGGUCUGCUCGGAAUGCGAAACGCAGUAGAGCAAUGUCAAUGGCAUCAUCAUCAUCAUCAUUGUCAUCUUCAAAUAAUACAACAACAGCAGCAACAUCAACAGAAUUAUCUGGAGUGUUUGGAGUCCCGUUAUCGGGUACCAGGUCUGGGUCUGCAAGCGAUACAUCGUCACCGUCUCCUGCAGCAACUGCAACUUCUUCAAACAACGGUGUAGUCCCUACUCAACAACAACACCACCAACAACAACAACAACAACAGCAACAGCAACAGCAACAACAACAACAACAACAACAACAACAACAACAACAACAACAACAACAACAACAACAACAACAACAACAACAACAACAGCAACAGCAACAGCAACAGCAACAGCAACAGCAACAGCAACAGCAACAGCAACAGCAACAGCAACAGCAACAGCAACAGCAACAGCAACAGCAACAGCAACAGCAACAGCAACAGCAACAGCAACAGCAACAGCAACAGCAACAGCAACAGCAACAGCAACAAUCUUCCAGCGGUUCUGUUUUAUCUUCGUCAUUGCCCACGUCAUCUUCAUCUUCAUCUUCAUCAACAACAACAACAACAACAACUUCCAACACAUCUUUGCAACAAUUGGCACCACCAACAACUGCAUUUUCGAUUGACCAGUACCACCGUGCUGUGUUUAACGGGUUCCCAGACCGAGCUCUUCCGAUUGGGUCACAGGUAGCUUUACGGUUACGCAAGACUCGUGCAACUUCUGAGGAAGAAUGGAUCCAAUGCGCAGUGACUAAGAUUUAUAACGAUGGAGUCAAAUAUGAAGUUCGAGACCCAGAACCUGAUGAAAAUGGGAAUCCUGGACAAUCUUAUAAAGCUAACCCAAGAGAUUUAUUGCCAAUCCCAGAAACUCAAACACAAAUUGCACAAUUACCUCUUUACCCAGUCGGAUCUCAGGUUCUAGCUCGGUACCCGGAAACAACAACCUUUUACCGGGCCGAAGUUAUGGGAACAACUAAGCGUGAUGCAAGGUACCGACUUAAGUUUGAGGGUGAGGAAGAAGAAAAUAAGGAACAAGAAGUUGAACGGCGGCUGGUUCUGCCGAUCCGAAAGUGA